GAGGUCGCUGUAUAAGAGCUGUGGGUGGGAACUUAACUUCUAUAAGAAAAGCAGCACGUGAGUAUAAACGGGUUGAUGUGUAUCAAUGAAUUAAAGCUUCUCUGUUUUACCUCGAUUUGCAUUUGAAACACAACAGUGCUGAAGAACAAAGAAAUGUCUCUUGUCAGGCAGAAUCUUCACCAACAUAAUGAAGCAAACAUCAACAAACUAAUAAACUUAAAACUAUCUGCCUCUUACACUUAUCUGUCUCUGGGUAUGUAUUUUGACAGGGAUGAUGUGGCUCUACCCAAUUUCUCAAAGUUUUUCCUGGAGCGAUCCGAGAAGGAGAGGGAGCAGGCUGAGCACCUGCUGCAGUACCAAAACAGACGAGGAGGACGAAUCCUUCUUCACAACAUCUCGAAACCCACUCGUGAUGAAUGGAGAGGAGGUAUGGAUGCCAUCACUUUCUCUCUGGACUAUCAGAAAUCUCUCAAUAAAUCCUUACUGGAGAUUCAUCAAACAGCUGAUGAAAACUCUGAUCCUCAUCUCUGUGACCUUCUAAAGACCCACUUUUUGACGGACAGCCAUGACACCAUUAAGAUAAUAGGUGACCACGCAUGCAGUCUGAGCGGUCUUACCUCCUCUGAUCCACAUGGCAUGAUGGGAGAGUAUCUGUUUGAUAGGCACACCCUGUGACGUGAAACUGUUUGCUUACUUUAGUAACCUUUCAGUAUUAUAUUGAACAUUCAAGAGUUGACAGAGUCACGAAUGUUUGUGACACCACACUUUAAUGUACUUUCAUGUAUGGAUAAGUGGGAAAAUACUGUGACCGUAACGUAUGACUGCCAUUAUAUGUCUUUAUACCUCAAACAUCCAAGUUGUUACUAAUUGUUAUACUUGAAGUCAGUAAAGCAGAUUGUGUUGUUCGUAAUUGCAGUACAUACAGUUUACAUUUGUACAGUUUGGUUGUAACUUGUACUCAUUUCUUUGUAUGUUCAAUUUUGUCUAGAGGUAAUACAGCUAAUUAAAAUCUUCUAGCGUUCCUUACA